UCUCCAUCAUUGGUCAUCUGGGCGGCCGCCUCUUCCUAACCGAGCUCUCCCAGAGAGAGGCGGGGCUCAGAGCAUUGCUAAGCGACCAAGAUGCGCGGCGUCUGACCGGUGAAGUAGAGGACUCUCGCGAGAGCUGAUGUGGCGGCCUGAUGGACCGCAGUCUGUCAUUUUUCUCCAUCCAAGAUUGUCCCUUUGGAGAUGGUCCUCAGGAUCAAAGCCACUAUUGGCCAUCCUUCAGCCCCAAGGCCUUGAGCCCAUCUAGCUCCCAGAGUUCCAGGCUCCCACAAGCUCCCAAGGUGUCAGCCAACUCCCCUGAGCUGUUUGAAGAGUCCUGGCCUUCCAGUUUGGGGACCUCAUCCCCACCCAGCACCACUGAGGGACAGAUGGAGGCCUCACCACUCACCCUGGCUGACAGUGGGGAGUCUGUGGUGGCCAAGUACAUAAAUAGAUUCCGCCAAGCUCAGCCCACAAGCCAAGAGGAACGACAGUGUACAGGCCCAACCCCAACUGAUUUUUGGUGGCUGCAGACUGAGUCUUCUGACCGCAGCAGUCAACUUGCAGCAGGACCCAGUAAACCAGAAGGAAGACCCGGUCCAGCAGCCCCAGCUCCAGCCAAGGUUGCCAGCACAUCCCAGGCUGUGGCUCCCCUUCAGAAAAUAAAGCAGAGCCUUAACACAUGGAACUCGUCCCUGCUGGACCUAGAGACACUGAGCCUACAAAGCAGAGCUUCCAGGCUGCUCAAACGCAGCAAAGCCUCCAUCUCCUCCUCGUCCCUCAGCCCCAGUGAUGCCAGCUGCGGCUCCUUCCCUGUCAGCUCCAAUGGCCUCUCUCCCUUCUCCAUGACUUGCACCCCUGACUCCAGCAAGGACUCUGGCCCCAGACAAACUGCAGCCCCAGCGCCAGCCCAGGCCCCUACCCCUGCUCCAGUCCCAGCCUCCUCCCGGCAACCCCUUCAGACAGAGGAUGACAUUUUGUACCAGUGGCGGCAGCGGCGGAAGCUCGAACAGGCUCAAAGGGUCAAGGGUGAUCGAAUCUGGGUGCCGCCCCAGACUCCUGCCCUUACCUCUCAGCCUUCUGCUCCUGCGGUGACCCUUGGUUCCCUGGUGACCCAGCCUACCUGUGUUCCACUGUGGGGCAGUGUGACCCAGCCUAGUCUUCCCGAGGCCUUCUAUGUGGAGAGGCCUCCUGUUCCCCUGGGGUCCUCUCCUCACAUCUUUUGGGCCCCUGGCACACACGGGUUCUUCUGGACCCCACAGUCCAGUCCCUGGGUAUCUCUUGGGGCCGUUCCUCCCCCUCCGCCGGUCUCUACCCUAGAUCCCUUGGCUCCCCUGGGGCCCCCAGCCUCCACCUCAGCUCCCCCCAUCUCCAGCCAGGCUCCCCUGGCCUCUUCCAACUCAGCUCCCCCCACCACUGCUCCCACAUACUCUGCCACCCCGCAGAGCCCGCCUACCCGCACACCAAGCAGGUCUGGCCAGCCGGAGAAGGUAGGCCCCGAGCCUCAAGGCACAGCAGCCAGUGAGGGGCCAGGCGCGCAGCUUAGGGGCGCCCUGGGCCAGGUGGUGACUGCACGGUUAUUCUCUGAGAGCCUGGAGAACACACCCCCUCAACGUGAGGCCACCCCACUGGAAGUCAAGGCCAUGCCCACCAGGGCCAGGGCCAGGGCCAUGCCCCCUCGGUCAGAAUCCAGGGAUCGGUCUAAAGCCAAGACCGCGCCCUCCCUAGAGGAGUCGGUGCUUCUGCUAGGCCAAGUGACUCCCUCAGCUGAAGCCAGGUCCCCGCAGCCUAAGGUCCUACCCGCUCCAGUUGAAAGGGUAUCCACACUCCCUGAAGCCCCAUUGCUUACCCCAUCACCUACAUCGGAGCCGGAGCCGGGAUCUCAUGUGGCUGUGGCCCCACCCUCACCCACUGCUCACCAUGACCCCCCCAAGGACCUGUUCUCCCAGGCUGCCCAACUUCUGGAGGCUGCAGAAGACUCUGACGGCAGCGAGUUUCAGGAUGACCCUGUACUUCAAGUGCUUAGAGCCCAGAGGGCAGAGCUACGGCUGCAGAAGAGGAGAGUGGAUGCAUGGUUAUCUCUUCUGAUGGGGUACACUGAAGACCCGAGAUCUUGGUCUCCAUCCAGGUCCCCCCCCCAGGUCUCCAAGGAGGUGACUGCGGAGAGAAGGAGCAUCUUUUGAAGCCAGACGACUUUGAACUGUAUAAAAUUGUUUUCCCCAAUGAAAUAUUAAUUUGUUUCCAAGUAGAGUCAACGUCAUAUCCUUGUGAAACUGUGCCCUCUCAACUAAUAGAAUAUGGAAGAAAAGAUGCAGCUUAACUUCCAAAGUUCAAUUUUAAAAGAUGAUGUUGACUACCUAGUUUACUUUCUUUCCCUUAUUCUCUUACUCUUUGACACUUGCUUUAGUGCCUAUGUGUUUUUUCAAAAUUGCCGUGCUAAGGAUGGAUUGCACAGGUGUCUGCACUUACUAAUCUCACUGAAAUUUGUGAAUUGUGUUGUAUGUACAGCUUACCUCAGAAGAAAAAUAUAUUUGAGCGCUAGCUAAAGGUAUCCAUGCUGAAAUAUUUAGGGGGUAGCAUACCACUUUGCAAUACUGAAAUACAAAGAUUAGUUGGAUAAUCUUCGUAAGCAGAUAAAUGUGAGAUAAGGCAAAUAUCGUAAAAUGUUGAUAGUAGGGUCUAACUAUGGACAUAUGGAUGUACAAUGUAAAAUUUUUCAAUUUACUGUAUGUUAAAAGCUUUUCAUAAUAAAGUGAUGGAGAAUAUAUG